AUAGGUGGGGGCGCUCUCAGAUCCAAGGGGGAAGGUUUCGGAGAUGGUGCUGGACCCGGACCUGUGCCCCCCAGCAGUGUACGUUAAGCACUGGGAGGAAAAAGAGGGAAGGCAUACUUGAGGCUGCGUGCAGGCUCUGGGGCGUCUGGUUUGGUCGGCGAUGGGGGAUGCCGCUGUUGACAAACACUGGGUACGUUGCCGGGUGGCCCUAGCUCCCGUAGGCCCGGUCUGUUGCUAACAUCAAGGAGCUGUUUAUGGAGCCACCUCCCAGUGGACUGGCUUCCAGUGUCCCUAUCUAUUCUCCCUACGACCAAAGCUCCUGGGGCCUUCCCUCUAGGGUUGUCACCCUAGCUGGACCUGGGAAACUUGUGCUGGGGAACGCUAACUCCAGCAUUAAGCGCUCGUCGCCUCGGUCCUGAGGAGGGCAGUGCCGGGUAGAGCCGCUCACUCCCAGCUCGGAGCUGACGCGGUUAACCUCAAGCUCUCACAGCUGCCGUCGCUCCGCCUCUGCCAGUUCAAUGUUUUCAUUGGUGAACGUGAUCCGGGACCUUCCAGGGCCUGCCAAUCCAGAUGUAGGAGAAAUAUGGUCAGGCGCGUGCCGCGAGAACAGAGUGGACGGAGAGUAGGAGAGACCGAAAAGGCUGGGGGUGGGAAUAGCGGAUUUGAAGCACUUUUUGGCCUACCAAGGCGUGGCAAACAGAGCGCCUCAGAACUCAGGCGUACUGCCCGCCGCCCCGAGCCCUGCGAGGGCCGAUAGCGAGGGUGUGGGCCUUAUCUGCACCCAGCGGAGCGCCGGCGGGGUACGGUCUUAGGACCUCGACCUCCUUCUGCCUCAUUUUUUCUCCUCUCUUGUGGGUUUCCCCAUGGGCCGGACCGUGGUCGUGUUGGGCGGAGGCGUCAGCGGCUUGGCCGCCAGUUACCACCUGAGCCGGGCCCCGUGUCCCCCUAAGGUGGUUCUGGUGGAGGGCAGUGAGCGUCUGGGAGGCUGGAUUCGCUCUGUUCGAGGCCCGAAUGGUGCUAUCUUUGAGCUUGGACCUCGGGGAAUUAGGCCAGCGGGAGCCCUAGGGGCCCGGACCUUGCUCCUGGUUUCUGAGCUUGGCUUGGAUUCAGAAGUGCUGCCUGUCCGGGGAGACCACCCAGCUGCCCAGAACAGGUUCCUCUACGUGGGCGGUGCCCUGCAUGCCCUGCCCACUGGCCUCAGGGGGCUACUCCGCCCUUCACCCCCCUUCUCCAAACCUCUGUUUUGGGCUGGGCUGAGGGAGCUGACCAAGCCCCGGGGCAAAGAGCCUGAUGAGACCGUGCACAGUUUUGCCCAGCGCCGCCUUGGACCUGAGGUGACACUUGCCCAGAGGCCCCAAACCUCUUCCCUCCUAAACCAGCUGCAGAGCUCCCUGUUCAAAUCUACCACUCCCAGUCUCACCCUUAAGGUGGCGUCUCUAGCCAUGGACAGUCUCUGCCGUGGAGUGUUUGCAGGCAACAGCCGUGAGCUCAGCAUCAGGUCCUGUUUUCCCAGUCUCUUCCAAGCUGAGCAAACCCAUCGUUCCGUAUUACUGGGCCUGCUGCUGGGGGCAGGGCGGACCCCACAGCCAGACUCAGCACUCAUUCGCCAGGCCUUGGCUGAGCGCUGGAGCCAGUGGUCACUUCGUGGAGGUCUAGAGAUGCUGCCUCAGGCCCUUGAAACCCACCUAACUAGUAGGGGGGUCAGUGUUCUCAGAGGUCAGCCAGUCUGUGGGCUCAGCCUCCAGGCAGAAGGGCGCUGGAAGGUGAUGCUGGGAGGUUCCUGGUUACAGACACUGGAGGCGAGUGGCUGUGUCUUAUCUCAGGAGCUGUUUCAACAGCGGGCCCAGGAAGCAGCUGCCACACAAUUAGGACUGAAGGAGCUGCCAAGUCACUGCUUGGUCCAUCUACACAAGAACUGCAUCCCCCAGUAUACACUAGGUCACUGGCAAAAACUAGAGUCAGCUAGGCAAUUCCUGGCUGCUCACAGGUUGCCCCUGACUCUGGCUGGAGCCUCCUAUGAGGGGGUUGCUGUUAAUGACUGUAUAGAGAGUGGGCGCCAGGCAGCAGUCAGUGUCCUGGGCACAGAACCUAACAGCUGAUCCCCAACUGCCACUCAUGAAAAUAAAAAUUGCUGGAGCUUG